AUGCUUGCCGCCAAGGUACCGAAGGAGUACAUGACGGACAAGAUGGGGCAGGUGACUGGUGGGACUAUAUUGGCACCACCAGAUGCAUCUUUGGAUCUGCAGCAGACUUCUUUCCUGCAGAGCCGCGAUCGUUUGGUCGGCGCGAUUGACGACACCGACACAAUCUUGCGUGGGCUGCGCGAGUUUAAUCGUGAUCAAUGGGUGCUUCGCUACAAUGAAGAGGUGCAAUCUGACCAGGCGAAGCCAUUGUCCGUGCUGCGCCUGGAACUCAAGCUCGGCGCGACGGUGAAUGCAAAUGUGCUGAUGGACUCGAUGGAGAAGUCUUCUGUCGGCAAGCUUCUGGACGAGCGUAUGGCGCGCUGCACAAGUCAUCUGCAAAAAUUGCGCAUCCGUAUUAGCGACACGCAGUCCAAAGUACUUGUCACGGGUGACCUAAAUGCCGGCAAGUCGACUUUUGUCAACGCGCUUAUGCGGCGCGAAAUGAUGCCUGUCGACCAACAGCCAUGCACUAUGUUGUUCUGUGAGAUUCACGAUGCAGCACACGAGAAUAAAGGUGCCGAAGAAGUGCAUAUUGUGCGCGAUUUGGCGAAGUACGAUGUGGCUGACGACGCGACGUUUGAACGGCGCACACUGUCAGCGCUUCCGCGCAUUUUUGAAGAGGAGGAAGACGGCGGGGCAGAGAUCCACCCGGUGCUAAAGUGCUACUGCACUGGCGCCGAGGCUUCUCGAAUGUCGCUUCUGCAUAACCAGGCCGUGGACAUUGCCCUCAUCGACGCCCCCGGCCUGAACCGCGACUGCGUACACACCACCGCGCUUUUUACGCGCGAGGAGGAAAUUGAUGUGGUGAUUUUUGUUGUGGAUGCUGAAAACCACUUUACACUGAGCGCAUGUGAGUUUCUCCAGAAUGCGAGCAACGAGAAAGCGUACGUAUUUGUCGUUGUGAACAAGUACGCCGAAAUCCAGAAUAAGGCAAAGUGCCGCCAGCGUGUAUUGGAGCAGAUCCGUACGCUGAGUCCACGCACGUAUGAGGAGGCCGAUCAGCUAGUUCACUUUGUUGACGCGCGCAGUAUGUGCGAGGCGAGCGGCGCUAGCGAUGAGCACGCGCAGUUUGACAACCUCGAGAUGAGCCUGCACGAUUUUGUCCUGCGCCGCCGCGCCAAGUCCAAGCUUAUGCCUGCACAGACUUAUUUGCAGCGCCUCCUCAACGAUAUUCUUUUUCUCUCCCAGCUAAAUAUGCAGGCUGCGAAAGACGACAUCGAUGCCGCCCAUGCGCAGCUCACCGCGAGCCGCCCCGCGCUGGCCAUGUGCGAGACAAAUGCACACAAAGUACAGCGCGUCGUUGAGAACGUGGAAGACCGCGUCGUUGCGCGCACGAUGGAGGCAACCGAAUGCACGCUUGCCGCUGCGCUGGAAAAAAUUGGGCGUGGCGAGUGUGCGGAUGCCACUGUGCUUCUUCCGCCAUACCCAGGCCUGUUUGAGGUUUGGUCAUACGCACGGAAUGUUCGGCUUGCUUUGCUCACAAGUCUGGGCGCGGUGGUUAAACAGUGCGAGGAAGCUGCGCGCACCACAACGACCGCUGCUAUACACGAGAUUGAUGCUGUGGGCGCUGCACAUCUUCCCGAGAGUGACGAGCCAGAGCGUGUGUUUGUUCCGGAGGCCAUGUUUGCGCACAAGAAUGCGAGCACAAUGCUGGCUGGUAUCGGUGUCAGCGUCGACGUUGUCGCCGUGAACAUUUCGGAUCUGUUUGACGUCACGCACCGCUUUGCCUACAUUACAGGCAGCAGCGCUACGAAACCUGCCGAUGAAACGUUGCUUCUUCCCAGUAUAUCGCUCGGGCUCGGCGCAUUAACACUGGCAGGGACAAGAUCGCUUGGAAUCAAAUCUGCGAUCGAGGCAUUCGUGCGCGUCACCGAUAUUCUCGGCAGCCGUACUGCCCGCCGCUGGGCCCCUCCUAUUGUACUACUGGCGAGUGUGGGUGCGCUUGCGUGGGUCGUCCUUGAUUUGCCCAACGCCGUUCCCCGCAAUGUUGGGCGUAGCUUGAAGCGCGAUCUCACAAGCGGCCGCUGCGUCCGCGCCUCUGGGAACAGCAAAGCGAUGCUGCGCAAUUCAUCGGACGUAUUUUCCACCAUGCAUGGGACGCGUGUUACUCGAGAAACGCGCAAAGUACUCCGCCUCGCCAGCUGGGAUCUCCAGGAGCGCUUCCGCAUCGCGAUUCUCAAAUGCCGUACGUGUGUCGAGCAGGCGGAAGAGCAAGAACGGUGUGCCUCAAUUGCACUGGCGUGGUUCGAAAAUACAGUGGACAGAUCCGCGGCAGUGUCCGAGACGGUCGCAUCCGCGAUUGAUGUGGUGAAGUAG